AUGGACUCGCGGGUGUCGGAGCUAUUCGGGGGCUGCUGCCGGCCCGUGGGGGGCGGCGGGGCGCUGCGCGGCCGCGGGGGGGCGGGGGCCGGCGGGGGCUCCAAGGGGAAGAAGAAGAGCGGGAGGAACCGGGGCGGCAAGGCCAACAACCCGCCCUACCUGCCGCCGGAGGCAGAAGAUGGAAACAUAGAAUACAAGCUGAAGCUGGUGAACCCCUCGCAGUAUCGCUUUGAGCACCUGGUGACACAGAUGAAGUGGCGGCUGCAGGAAGGCCGGGGUGAGGCUGUCUACCAGAUCGGCGUGGAGGACAAUGGGCUACUGGUGGGCCUGUCAGACGAAGAGAUGCGUGCCUCCCUCAAGACAUUGCGCCGGAUGGCUGAAAAGGUUGGAGCUGACAUCACCAUCCUGCGGGAGCGCGAGGUAGAUUAUGACAGUGAUGUUCCCAGGAAGAUAACUGAGGUUCUUGUCCGGAAAGUCCCUGAUAACCAGCAGUUCCUAGACCUGCGAGUGGCUGUGCUCGGGAAUGUGGAUUCAGGGAAGUCGACGCUGCUGGGUGUCCUGACCCAGGGUGAGCUGGAUAAUGGGCGGGGCAGAGCCCGCCUCAAUCUCUUCCGGCACCUCCAUGAGAUCCAGUCAGGGAGAACAUCCAGCAUCAGCUUUGAGAUCCUUGGCUUCAAUAGCAAAGGAGAGGUGGUGAACUACAGUGACUCACGGACGGCAGAAGAGAUCUGUGAGAGCUCCUCCAAGAUGAUCACCUUCAUUGAUCUGGCUGGCCACCACAAGUACUUGAAAACCACCAUAUUCGGCCUCACCAGCUAUUGCCCAGACUUUGCCAUGCUGGUGGUGAGCGCCAACACCGGCAUCGCAGGUACCACGCGGGAGCACCUGGGCCUGGCCAUGGCCCUCAAGGUUCCCUUCUUCAUUGUCGUCAGCAAAGUGGACUUGUGUUCCAAAGCCACCGUGGAACGGACAGUGAAGCAGCUGGAGCGGAUCCUGAAGCAGCCGGGCUGCAACAAGCUGCCUCUGCUAGUGAACUCGGACGAUGACGCCGUCACGGCAGCGCAGCAGUUUGCACAGUCUCCCAACAUCACCCCGAUCUUCACUCUAUCCAGUGUUUCUGGAGAGAACCUGGAUCUCUUAAAAGUUUUCCUCAACAUCCUUCCUCCUCUGACCAACAGCAAAGAACAGGAGGAGCUGAUGCAGCAACUUACAGAGUUCCAGGUGGAUGAAAUCUAUACCGUGCCUGAAGUGGGGACUGUUGUGGGAGGAACUCUGUCCAGUGGGAUCUGCAGGGAGGGGGAGAGCCUUGUGGUCGGUCCCACUGAUGAUGGCAAGUUCCUCCAGCUGAAGGUGUGCAGCAUCCAGCGGAACCGCUCUGCGUGCCGUGUGCUCCGGGCAGGACAAGCUGCCACACUGGCCCUUGGGCCCUUCGACCGCUCCCUCCUGCGCAAGGGCAUGGUGAUGGUGAGCCCAGAGAUGAACCCCACCAUCUGCUCAGUAUUUGAAGCCGAGAUCGUGCUGCUCUUCCAUGCCACGACUUUCCGAAAGGGAUUCCAGGUGACUGUGCAUGUGGGGAAUGUGCGGCAGACGGCCAUCGUAGAGAAGAUCCAUGGAAAGGACAAGCUGCGGACAGGGGAGAAGGCUGUUGUUCGUUUCCGGUUCAUCAAACAUCCCGAAUACUUAAAGAUUGGCGCCAAGCUGCUGUUCCGUGAAGGAGUCACCAAAGGUAUCGGGCACGUCACCGACCUCCAAGCUAUCACCACUGAAGAGAAUGGCCUGGAGGAGACCCUGGGGCCCGGGCGUUUAACCUUCUGACUCCCACUAGGUCUGUGAGAUCUCCAGACACCAGCAAUGGAGGAAGAGAGAGUUGGGGGGGUUGUCCUGCCCUUCACAUGACUGGAACUGCUGCUGUCCGGUUCUAGCAUGUGCUUUUCCUCUCCACACUGUGAGGAUGGAGCCCAGGAGAUCUCCCUUUGUUCAGUACCCCUCACGGGGCAAGUUAAGCAUGUUGUCUCUGCAUCGUCUGCUACUUUCAUUAUCCUGCCCUCCAACACAAUAGACCAGAGGCAGCCUUAGUCUGGGCAGGCAAGUCCUGGCUUUGUUUACAGUACUUUGGUGAGAAGUUCUUGGCUGGUAUGGUGCAAAGCUCCUGAACAGCAAUGAAGGGAUGCUGCCACCUCUGUUUCAGGAUCAGUCCCAUUGCAGCUCUCUGAGCAUUGGGCCUGACCCAUACUGUGUGUGCCCCUGUCUCAGGCUUUUCCCUCCGGGGCAGAGACCUUUGGGACGGCAUAGGAGGCCCAGCCACCCAGAGUGCAGAGACUUGGUUAAACUCGGGUUCACAAACAAUAGGAACCCAAGAAAAGUUCAGGACACUUUUAGUCCUUUUAAUCUUGGUUGAUUUUAAUCCCUCGUGUGCCCCGUUCUGUGUUCAGUGGCUCCUGCUUGGCUGUCCCA